AUGGCUCGGCUCCCCGCCGAGGAUAGUGAGAGGGAGUCCAAAAGAUCUAAAAAGGGAAACUCAUUAAUAUUGGGGUUCUCGGACGAGGAUAAGGGGGGAACUAUCCAACCUCACGACGAUGCUCUAGUGGUUACGUUGAGGAUUGGAGGGUUUGACGUGAAAAUGGUACUAGUAGAUCCGGGCAGUGCAGUCGAAGUAAUGUACCCCGAUUUGUAUAAGGGGCUCAACUUAAGGCCUGAAGAUUUAACGGCUUAUGACUCUCUUCUUAUAAGUUUCGAGGGGAAGACUGUUGUACCAAAAGGGCAGAUCAGAUUACCCAUACAGACCGGAUUAGAGGUGGUGGAGGUAGAUUUUAUCGUGGUCGAUGCCUACUCACCCUACACGGUCAUAGUAGCCAGACCAUGGCUCCAUGCCCUGGAAGCCGUGUCUUCUACGUUUCACCAGAAGGUAAAAUACCCGUCCUGA